ACUGGAUAUCUAUCCUCUUCUCAUCCAUCUUUUCCCACCACUGCAUCGUUCGUCCCACUAACAACUCAGCAUGUCAGAUGCAAGAGAGACAGAUCUAUACGGCGAAUUCGACUUGGAAGAAUUCCAGGAUCUCGAUGAAGUCGAUAACACACAACUCGUGCAGCCCGAAUCCGAUGGACCGCAUCCUGCGACCCAGUCAUCAGUCCAGCAAGGGGACAAAGAGCCUGUCGCGUUUCCACCGGCUGGCCAGUCCAGUAAGAUACAGCCACAGUAUCCUGAUAUCUCCCAGGCUCAGAAUCAGAUGCAAGGGUUUCAGGGACAGCAAGGGUCAGGACAGUAUGGUCAAAAUUUGGAUAUGGAAGGGAUGGACAGGACAAGACCUAGUGAUAUGCCGGAUGAGGGCAAGAUGUUCAUUGGUGGUUUGAACUGGGAAACAACAGAUGAGAAACUGAGAGCCUACAUGAGCGAAUUUGGCGAAAUCGACGCAUGUACUGUCAUGAGAGAUCCCACCGGACGAUCAAGAGGCUUCGCUUUUUUGACCUAUGUGGACCCUGCGUCAGUCACGAAGGUAUUGGGUCAAACUCACCACCUGGACGGAAAGCAGAUUGAUCCCAAACGUGCCAUACCCCGGGCGGAACACGAAAAGACAGCUAAGGUCUUCGUUGGUGGUCUGGCGGCGACAGUAACAUCUGAGUCUCUGCGGACUUUCUUAAGUACAUUCGGAGGCGUCCUGGAUGCUACAGUCAUGAUUGAUAGAGACACGAAUAGAAGCAAAGGAUUUGCUUUUGCUACAUUUGAGAACGAAGACGGUGUUUUGAAAGCCAUGGAAGCUAGUGGGUCUGAACUUGAUGGCAAACAGAUCGAAAUCCGGAAAGCACAGCCACGAGGUGCAGGUACUCAGCCCGGAAAAUUCAGCACCAACCGAAAUAACUUCAACAACAACAUGGGAGGUCCGAUGGGCGGGGGUAUGGGUAAUCCUGGUAUGGGUGGUGGUUUCGAUCCUAAUGCAAUGGCAAUGAUGUAUCAGAAUAUGAUGAAGAACACGGGUAUGGGAAUGGGAAUGGGCGGAGGAGGGUUCGAUCCCAACUCAAUGGCUAUGAUGUAUCAAAACAUGAUGAAGAGUAUGGGGGGCAUGGGGAACGCUCCUGCCAUCAAUCCAGGCAUGAUGCGAAACAAUAUGGGAAUGGGCAAUAUGAUGGGUAUGGGAAUGAUGGGUAUGAAUGGGAUGGGAAUGGGAGGUAUGCCUAUGGCUGGUGCUGGAGGUGUGGGAGGAGCUAUGGGUGCUGUUCCAAUGGCCGGUGGAUUCCAAAAUCCUGGUGGUCCCGGGAGGAAUGGACCUGUCAGACCUAUCCCCAACGCUCCUAGAGGACCAGCAGCAAUGCGUGCACCUGGUCAGAAUCCGCCGACUGCUCAAGGACCAGGAGCACAGAGAUAUACCACUCAAGGAGCGGCUAGAUCGAAGCCUUAUUGAGUGUCGGACAUCGUAUGACCAACAUAUCAUGAAGUGUAGGUACUGUAUCAAUAUGUGCAUGUACCUCUAUUCA